AUGCCCCCUGUAAAAAAAUAUCAUAACUACGAUCUAAUAAUUAUUGGAGCUGGUGGAUCAGGUUUGGCUGCUGCUAUUUAUGCGGCUAAAAAUGGGUAUAAAGUAGCAGUAAUUAGUAAAGUACACCCGAUGUAUAGCCAUACUGUUGCUGCGCAAGGCGGUAUUAACGCGGCGCUUGGUAAUAUUACUCCAGAUGAUUGGCGUUGGCAUGCUUAUGAUACAAUAAAAGCUGCUGAUUGGUUGGCAGAUCAAGAUUCUGUUGAAAUAAUGUGCCAGCAAGCAGUUAACGCGAUCAAGAUGCUAGAUGAGAUUGGCGUGCAAUUUAAUAGGCGUCGUGAUGGCCUUAUUGAUCAAAAAAUUUACGGAGGGCAAAGUACUCAUUAUGGCUCAGGCGAAUUAGCAUACAGAGCUUGUUACUCAGAUGAUCGGACCGGUUCUUCUAUCAUGAAUAAAUUAUAUAACAUCGCUGCCACUUUAGAUAAAAUAACUUUUUUUAAUUAUAAUUUUGCUAUUGAAUUAAUAAUGCAGGAUAAUAAAUGUUAUGGGAUAGUAAGCUGGGAUAUAGAGCAUGGUUUACUAAAUAUAAUCUACAGUGCUAAUACUAUCAUUGCCACUGGCGGCUAUAGUCAAAUUUAUGAUACCUCAACUUCAUCAGCAAUUUGUACGGGUGAUGGUAAUGGCUUGGCGGUAAAAGCAGGGAUUAACUUACAGGACAUGGAAUUUGUUCAAUUUCACCCAACUGCUAUUAAUCAGAUUGGAGUAUUGAUCACUGAAGCUGCCCGGUCCGCAGGGGGUAUUUUACUUAACAGCCACAAUCAGCGUUUUAUGGUGAAAUAUGCCCCUAAAUUUAUGGAGCUAGCAUCAAGAGAUAUAGUGGCACGAGCUAUUGCUACGGAAAUAGCUUUAGGGGCAGGGUGUGGGGUGCAUCAAGAUCAUGUACUGCUUGAUUUAACUCAUUUAACGGCUGAAUACAUUAAAAAUAAUUUGCCCACUGUUUUUGAAAAUUGUCAACUUUUCUUAAAAAUAGAUCCAAGUAAAUCCUUAAUCCCAAUUGCUCCUGCUGCUCAUUAUACUAUGGGAGGGAUUCCUACUAAUAAAUUUUGCCAAGUAGUAAAAUUUGCUCAAGAGGAGCUGUUAGUUGAAAGUCUGUAUGCAAUAGGAGAGGGUGCCUCUACUUCAGUCCAUGGUGCUGGUAGACUGGGUUGUAAUUCUUUACUUGAUUUAAUAGUGUUUGCUAGAUUAACGGUUGAAAAUCUUGUAAAUAAGGCUGAUCCUGCUACUCCUAGGAAAAAUUUUUCUAAUAGCGAGGUGGUAGAAGCUAUAGUUAAUAGAUUUUUAGGACAUUUUAAUGGCAAGCAAGAAAAAGCUCAUACAUUAAAGCAGGAGCUAAAAUUACUAAUGCAAAAAAAUGUGGGGGUAUUUAGGUCGCACAAUAAUUUGCUUGAAGCAAUAAAAGCUUUUGAUAAUAUUAAACAAGUCUAUAAUAAUAGUGGAGUACAGGAUAGUUCGCUAUUAUGGAACAGUGAACUACAGGCCUAUUUAGAAGUAGGGAAUAUGAUUGUUUCUGCAGAAGCAACUAUAUAUUCCGCUCUGUGGCGCUGUGAGAGUAGAGGGGCCCAUUGGCGCAAUGAUUACCCAGGUAGGGAUGACCGCAAUUUUUUAUAUCAUACCAUUUAUAUUAAUCAUGCUAGACGUGUUCCUGAUUCCGUAUUUUUCUUUGAUGAGAAAGAAGCAAAACAUUCGCUUGAUCAGUUUGAGGGCAAGACUAUAUUAUUAGUAUUUUGGGCUACUUGGUGCGCUGCUUGUGCGAAGGAAAUGCCAGAUUUAGACAUAUUACAAAAAGAUUUUAGAAAAUUAGCAUUUGAAAUAAUUCCUAUCUCUCAAGAUUAUCAGUCUAUAGAAGUAGUACAACAAUAUUAUCAAAAUUAUGAUAUAAGAUAUUUACCUCUCUAUCACGACUUUAAAAAUCAACUAUUUAAAGCUUUUGGAAUAGUAGGGUUACCAACUGCCAUUCUAAUUAAUCCUGAUGGAAAAAAGCUGUCUGAUUUAAUUGCCAAACGUAUUAGAGGGUUGGCGGUGGAAAAGGAAAUACCGGUUUAUAGUUUUGUAGAGGAUGUGGCAGCAUCAGGUGGAUAUUGGCUUGCUUGUAUUGGCGAUAAAAUAUACGCUUCUAAAAGCUCAAUUAUUGGUAGUAUAGGGGUCAUUUCAGCAGGUUUUGGCUUUCCUACUGCUAUCAAUAAGUUAGGGAUAGAAAGAAGAGUCUAUACUGAAGGUAAAAAUAAAGCUAUCCUUGAUCCAUUUCAGCCGGUCCAAGAAAAGGAUGUCAAAAUUAUUAAGAAUUUACAAAAACAAAUACAUGAGCAUUUUAUAGAUUAUGUGAAAGAACGACGGAUUGCUAAGAUAUAUUUAAAAGCUGGUAACGGCGGUCAUGGCGCGGUAAGCUUUCGCCGGGAAAAAUAUAUUGAUAAUGGAGGACCUGACGGUGGUGAUGGCGGUCGUGGUGGUGGUAUAAUAUUGCAAAGUAAUGCUCACCUGAAUACUUUAGUAAAUUUUAGAUAUAAGCAGCAUUUUAAAGCAGAGAAUGGUGAAAAUGGGAAAGGUGCAAACAGAAGCGGCAAGUCUAGAGCGCCAAUAAUUUUACAAGUACCAGUGGGAACUCAAAUAUUUUCCGAGAAUGCUGAUUUCUUACUAUAUGAUUUUAUUGCAGAUCAGCAAAGUUUUGAAAUACUUAAAGGGGGCAAAGGAGGUCUGGGUAAUAGUCAUUUUAAGUCAUCUAUUAACCAAGCUCCACGGCGUAGCACAGAAGGUGAAGUAGGGGAAGAGCUAUGGGUCAAUUUGCGCUUAAAGCUUAUUUCUGAUGUUGGCCUUAUUGGUUUGCCUAAUGCAGGCAAAUCUACUUUCUUAGCCUCUACCACUGCUGCCAAACCUAAAAUUGCUGAUUAUCCUUUUACUACCCUAACCCCAAAUUUGGGGGUAGUUUACUUAGAUAAUGAAGAAUUUGUGAUAGCUGAUAUUCCUGGCUUAAUUGAAGGUGCUUCUCUUGGUCAUGGGCUUGGUGACAAGUUCUUAAAACAUAUUGAAAGAUGUAAUGUAUUAAUUCAUUUACUAGACGCCACAAGUGAAAAUAUCCAAGCUAAUUAUUUAACUAUUAGAAAUGAAUUGAACUCUUACUCAGAUUUAUUAGAAAAGAAAAUAGAAAUAAUUUGUUUAAAUAAGGCUGAUGCUUUACUCGAGCAAGAAGCACAAGUGAAGCUUAGCCAAUUGCAGGAAGUGGUUAAAGGAGAAAUUUUUAUAAUUUCCUCUUAUGCGAAAACUGGCUUAAAUACGGUGCUGAAAAAAACACUUGAGACUAUAAAAGGGUCUGCCCAAUUUGGAGAGUAA